ACAACUCCUAAUCCUACUACAACUCCUAAUCCUACUCCUAAUCCUACUACAACUCCUAAUCCUACUACAACUCCUAAUCCUACCACAACUCCUAAUCCUACCACAACUCCUAAUCCCACUACAACACCUAAUCCUACCACAACUCCUAAUCCUACCACAACUCCUAAUCCUACUACAACUCCUAAUCCUACCACAACUCCUAAUCCUACUACAACUCCUAAUCCUACUACAACUCCUAAUCCUACUACAACUCCUAAUCCUACUACAACCCCUAAUCCAACUACAACUCCUAAUCCAACUACAACGCCUGCAGUCACAACUACAACCAUACCUACCACCACUCUUGCCUUCAACGUAACUGCAAGGCUUCUAGAGCUCGCAACCAUCGACCCUUCCCUGGGGGCUCUGGAAGCGGCCCUGGACGAGGCCAGCGACAGACUCGGCACCAUCGACAGCACCGGCCGAAGGAGAGUUCGGAGGCAGGCUCCCAACCCAGCAACCAGUACAACCGAUGCCACCACAACUGAUGCCACUACAACCGAUGCCACUACAACUGAUGCCACUACAACCGAUGGCACUACAACCGAUGCCACUACAACCGAUGCCACCACAACUGAUGCCACUACAACCGAUGCCACCACAACUGAUGCAACUGAUGCCACUACAACCGAUGCCACCACAACUGAUGCCACUACAACGAUGCCCACCACAACUGAUGCCACUACAACUACAACCGAUGCCACUACAACUGAUGCCACAACAACUGAUGCCACCACAACUGAUGCCACUACAACCGAUGCAACAACUGAUGCCACCACAACUGAUGCCACUACAACCGAUGCAACUACAACUGAUGCCACAACAACGAUGCACUACAACCGAUGCACUACAACCGAUGCAACUACAACUGAUGCCACUACAACCGAUGACACCACAACUGAACUACAACCGAUGCCACUACAACCGAUGCCACCACAACGAUGCCACACAACUGAUGCCACUACAACUGAUGCCACUACAACUGAUGCCACUACAACCGAUGCCACUACAACCGAUGCCACCACAAUCGAUGCCACUACAACUGAUGCCACUACAACCGAUGUCACCACAACCGAUGCAACUACAUCGGAUGUCACUACAACCGAUGCAACUACAUCGGAUGUCACUACAACCGAUGCAACUACAUCGGAUGUCACUACAACCGAUGCAACUACAUCGGAUGUCACUACAACCGAUGCCACUACAGCUGAUGUCACUACAACCGAUGCAACUACAUCGGAUGCGAUGACAUCGAUGUCACCACAACCGAUCAACGGGUUCCACGCCUGCACAGGUGACUCUGCCACAACUGGCUCCACAACCACAGGUGACUCUGCCACAACUGGCUCCACAACCACAGGUGACUCUGCCACAACUGGCUCCACAACCACAGGUGACUCUGCCACAACUGGCUCCACAACCACAGGUGACUCUGCCACAACUGGCUCCACAACCACAGGUGACUCUGCCACAACUGGCUCCACAACCACAGGUGACUCUGCCACAAAACUCUCCACAACCUCCGCCCCCAGCACGACACCGCCUCAGGACCGCAUCGACGCCGAAGACUUGCUGACCAGGUACAUCCAGUUCCUCAGCGACGCCACAGCCCCUGUCGACGACGAAAACGCUGACCAAAUAGACAGCGGCACCGUCAGCGCCAACAGCUUCAUCGAAGAGUUCGACGACCUGAUCGACCUGAUCGCGCAGACGGGGAAGAGGAUCACGGACGGAACCAGGGCGCUGCUGCCACGAGCCCGAGGCGACACGCAGCAGCUGCUGGACAGGAUCAACAACGGCCGCAUAGCUAUCCGAGAGGAGGUUGAGCGGCUGAAUCCACUCGCUGAAAACACAAUUACCCUUCCCACAUUGGCACCUUAA